AAGCAGCCAUAAUGAACCGACUCGUUUAUGUGUGUUUUAUAUCCGGUUAUAUAUUUUCUACAAGCUCAGCUGAUGUUGGGUACUUCUGGCAUUUGACCGACUUUCACUGGGAUUUUUCGUACUGGACUGACCAGUUAUCCUGUAAUGGAAUGAAUAUAAGUAAGCCAGGGAUGUUUGGAGACCAAUGGUGUGAUUCUCCUUGGGGGCUUGUAGAAGAAACUGUGACAGGAAUAAAAGAUUUGAAAAGCGAUGUUGAUUUUAUGCUAUGGACUGGUGAUACAGUCCCUCAUGUUGAUGGCAGUCAUCUAAGCACAGAUUUAAACAAAGAGCUCGUUAGAAACAUCACAAAUCUUAUGAAAUCCACGUUUCCAAAUACACUUAUUUAUGCUACCUUUGGAAAUCAUGACUACCAUCCAAAGCAUAAAUUUCCUCCACACAACAAUGAAAUUUACAACGCAACAUAUCUUAUUUGGAAGUCUUGGAUCAACGAUGCAAGUCAAGAUUCCAACUUUAUGAAAGGUGGAUUUUACACAACCAUUACCAACUCUGGUAUAAGAAUUGUAGCGAUGAAUUCUAACAUGUAUUACACCAAAGACACACUUACUGUGGAUCUAGAAGAUCCAGCUGGCCAGUUUGCUUGGCUUGAUUCUGUUCUAACUAACGCAACUGCGAAUAAUGAAAAGGUAAUCCUAACAGGUCAUGUUCCACCAGGAUAUACAACACCUAGAGGUGUCAGCUGGAUGACAGACGCUUUUAAUAAAAAGUUUAUUGAUAUUGUCUUGCGCCAUUCUAGCGUUAUUGUUGCUAUGCACUUUGGACACGAGCAUCACGAUAGUUUCCGCCUUUUCUACAACCAAGCCGGUACCCCUGCUGUUAGUUUAUUUCUUGCCCCUUCUGUCACUCCCUGGCGUUAUCAGCUUCCAGAUGGAGAAAUUGAGCCACCCCACAACCCUGGUGCCCGACUUGUAAAAUACGACCGCCAGACUGGGAAACAGCUUGAUAUUUUACAAUAUUAUGCUGAUCUAAAUUCUGCAAAUGCUAAUAAUAAGCUGACAUGGACUCUUGGUUACAACGCAACUAGCUUGUAUGGGAUACCAGAUAUAACUCCAAAGUCAAUGGGCGAGCUGAAUGAUAAAAUGACAUCUGCUUCAAAUCAAGUGUUCAAAGCAUACAUGAAUUGGUAUAACACCAACGCUAACACAUCCGACCAAUUCCCGUGCAAUGAUACGUGUUUUAAAACAGUGAAGUGUGGAAUACGAUUCAUUGAUAAAGCGUCUUUUACAAACUGUCUGUCUGCUGUGAAUGGAUCCAACAGCGUAUUCACAUCAUCUUUGUACUUUGUCUUCUCUAUCGUGCUUUGUUUUGCUAUUUUCAGAAUGAACUUCUAAACUGUCGAAAGCAUAUAAAAGCAGACAUUUGUUUAAGUUAUUCAAUUUACUCAUUUUGAGAAGAAAUGUGUGUUAAGUUAUGCUAAUAUUUAACACUUUAAAAAGUUUUUCACUUUAUUUGUAUGGAUAUAUGUAGAUAAAGAUGUUAGUUACAUUUCAUUAUUUUCAUUUCUUUACAUAAUUAUAUAGAACCUGACACUUAUCAUACCAAUUAAAAUAACUGUUGAUUAAAGAACCUUAUUAAAUCAA